ACGACCUUCUUGUUCACCAGCGUACACUUAGGACCAGUAUCGUGUUCUGACACUCACCUAUUACUUGGCUGCCUGCUGUUCACCAAUAUACCUCUAUGGACCCUUCAUCAUCAACGUCGACGCCGCGACCGACCCGCGUGGAGCAGACGCAGUCGACUUCAUCAACAAGGUCUGUUCGAGCACUCGAGAAGGAGAAAGAAGACAGGCCUAAAAUACCUCUCCCUGCGAGGGGAACGCGGUAUAAAGACAAAUUCCAUGAGCUGAGAGAGAAGUACGAAUCGGUAACAGCACAAAGACAGCGAUAUGAACAUGAACUGGCCGUAGCCAAUGCCAAAAUCAGGAAACUACAGAAUGAAUGCAAUCUGCUACUAGAUGCGGUCGAUAUCGCAGCGCCGUCCCAGGAUAACAUCUCAUAUUACUUAAAGCUGGAUCCUGUUCCGCCACAGUAUGAGUUCCGAGGGCGAAAUAUAACCAUUCCGCCUCCUCCCCCUAUUCCCAUGGAAGGUAUCGAAACCGCGACGCAUCCUCGAGAGAUUACGAAUGGGACGAAUGGGCACGCUCAUAGAAGGUAAUAUUAUUCGUUUGCACACACUGUGACGAGUUGUUGUUUGUACUAUAGGCGAGGUUGCACUUUUGUAUUGCUUUUCUCAUUUUCUGUUCGCUUUGCUAUCCGGAUCUUUGAUGAUAUGCAUACAUCCAG